CUUUCUCGCAAAGGAAAAAAAAGACAUCCUAAUUUCUUCUUUUUCGCAUUAAAAGGUUAAAAGCAAACAAGAUUUGGCCACCGACCUUAUCUGCUAUUUUUCCUUCCUAGAUCAUGAACAUAUUUUAUGGGGGGCACAAAAUAAUUUACCUUAGAUUUUAUUUCAUCCACUAUAAAUUCUUAUUUUUAAUUAAUCACGAAACUCUUUUAAGAGUCUGGACUUGAAUUGUACUAAAGUUUUGAGCCCAGCCCACUUGAGUUGUAUUUCAGAUCUUGGCGCCAAUGUCGAAUUUUGGAACCUUCCAUAACCUACCUCUUCCCUCCCUUGUUUCCCCGUGUCAGCUGAUUUCGUCUUCACCUUCUCCUUUCUUUGAUCUUCCCCCUCCAGGCUUGAUUCUCUUUUAUCACAUUUAUAAUUGCCCUUCUCAUGUAAGUUGUAAAGGGUACCUGAUUUUAUCAUUCUCGCCGCCAGAAUGAAUUCUUUCUGCUUCAUGUUCGAUGUUUUGCCAGAAUCAAGCGUUAUUUCUGAAGUUUUCGACAGAAAAAAGGAGUUCGGGGAUACCAAUUUACGCGGGAUAUCGGUCGAAGACCUAUGAUUUCUGUAGAUGGUGUUGAAGGUAUGUUAGCAGUAUAUGCAGGUUACGUGUUUGAGAAAAUGUUUCAGAGAGCCGUGCCAUUUAACUAUUUCCAAAGAAGGACAUUAGUGAAUGUGAAGCUGAAAUGGGUAAAAGAUCGCAUUUUAGACAACGCUGUAGCGGGCGGAAGACAUCUCAGAGCAGGGUGUUUAAUUAUAUCCAUCAUCGCCUCCAACCCGGAUGGUUGUAUGCCUAUAUAUCACAUUUCGCGUAAUCGUGGUCAAUUAGGCCUCCCGGAUGGGAUCAAGGUCUCUUCUUUUAUGAGAAGAUAUCCGAAUGUAUUUGAAGAGUUUCAUUUACCUGAUACUAGUGGCAGCACUCAUGUUCCCUGGUUUAAGCUGUCAUCGGAAGCAUUAGAUGUUUAUCAGGACGAAAUCAGUGCAUUUCAGAGUUGUGAAGUGGACAUCCUUACCAGGUUCAAGAAACUACUGAUGCUUUGUGAGAAUCGUACACUUCCACUACAGACGAUUGAUCAGCUGAAAUGGGAUCUUGGUUUGCCAUAUGACUAUGAAAACUCUUUAAUUAAGCGGCAUUCGGAACUGUUUGAAAUGGGUAAACUGGAUGAUGGCCGUGAUGAAGUUAAGCUUGUGAAAUGGGAUAAUAGGCUGGCGAAGUCAUAUUUGGAAAGGAAUGCGCUCAGCUCCGGUUCAAAUGUUGAAAAUGAUGCCGGCGUGAUGGCAUUUCCUAUUGGAUUUACAAGGGGCUAUGGAUUAAAGAGAAAAUGUUUGAAGUGGUUAGAAGAAUGGCAGAAGUUGCCAUAUACUUCCCCUUAUGUUGAUGCUUCGCAUUUGGAUCCUCGUACAGAUGAAUCCGAGAAAAGGGUGGUGGGAGUUUUUCACGAGCUUCUGCAUCUAAUGUUGCAGAAGAAAACUGAGCGUAAAAAUGUGAGUAAUAUGCGCAAGCCAUUGAGAUUGCCUCAGAAGUUUACCAAGGCGUUUGAACGUCAUCCGGGGAUAUUCUACAUUUCCAGAAAAGAUGAUACCGAUACCGUGGUUCUUAGGGAAGCAUAUAACCGUGAUCAACUUAUCGAGAAACAUCCUCUUGUUGAUGUAAGACAGAAAUAUUUUAGCAUGUUGAAGCGAGGGUUUUUGGACCGAAGCAGAGGAUUGUACGAGAAAGAGAAGAUCAAGGGCCUCGAGGAAGAUCAUUCGUUGGCUAACCUUUUGGAUUGUGAAGGAAAAAAUGUCGGAUUUCAGUCGGGACAAGAAUCAGAAUGCAGUUCUCUUUCAGACUAGAUAUGAUGUUGUGUUUACGUUGGGACAAUGUACUGUACUGCUAUAGUUUUUUAGUUUAGCGAAAUACUGGGAUGAAAGUUUUGGUGUUGGCAACAUUCAUCAUGAAAUAUUUUUCGUUUCCAUAAAGGCUAAACUCUCAAUUACCAAAUUUGUGCAAAAAAAAUAAGUAGAU